CUCUCUCUCUCUCUCUCUCUCUCUCUCUCUCUCUCUCUCUCUCUCAAUUUCUAGGGUUUUGAUCUUUCAUGAACAUAUAGAAACCAGAUCAGAUCUCUGAUGGUGGAUUCAAGCACCAGCAAUGCAGGCGCCACGACUCCAUCUCCUCGCCAUCCCGUCCUCCUCAUGCGAUGUAUCCCGACCGUUGAUUCUGCUGCCGUCUGAUUCCUUCAAGGGCCGUAGGAAGGGUUCCUCAAUCGCACGUGCACAUUGAUGAUCUUAUCAACCUCCUCCAUGGCUUCGACCCCGUCAGGGUCGAGCUCAACUGCCUCGAGAAUGAGGUCCGAGGUUUAGGGUCUUUGAGGUGUUUUGGAUGUGUCAAUGCACGGCCGCCCAACCUCCAUCGAAAGCCGCUACCAUCAUAAGAGGCCGCCCAUCCCUCAUCAUCAACAACCAAACACAUCUCCACCUGCAAUCGUCCACCAUCAGUUCUGAUUGGCUCUAUUACAUUUCCUUGAUCCAGAGAAAUUCAAGAAUAGAGAUGAUUUUGUUGAAAAAUACAAGAAUCUAAGCUCCUUUAAUGACAUUGAGCUCGCUAAUCUUCACAAGGAAUUGAGGCCUCACAUUCUUCGAAGAGUUAUCAAGGAUGUGGAGAAGUCUUUGCCUCCAAAAAUUGAGCACAUCCUCCGGGUUGAAAUGUCUCCCCUUCAGAAACAGUAUUACAAGUGGAUUUUAGAAUGUAACUUUCAUAACCUGAACAAAGGAGUCUACGGAAAUCAGAUUGGAUUGGCGAUGUCUCCAUUGAGCAACAACUCCUUGUUUCUGGAAUAUAGUUUUGCUGCACAGGUAUGGAAGCUCACUGCUUGUGAUCUCUGUGAGAUAGCAAGAAAUUUAGCUCAUCAAUCUGGAUUUUCCCAUGCAGCAAAGGCAAAAGAAGCAAGCCAACUUAUAGCAGUCACAACAAGGACAACAAUUGUGCACGGCGAUGAACUCAUUGUCACCACAACAAGCCCCCAUGAGCAAGCAGCAUUUGGUUCUAAAACUGAUUGGCGUGUGUAAGCAAUCUCAGCGACGAAGUUAUAUCUUAGAGUCAAAUCAUAUUUAUGUAAACACUGAGGACAUUAAG